CAAGGGACACUUGGGCUUUGGUCGCUCCUCGCCCGCCUCGGCCCAGGAAGAGCUGCAGAGAUGGAGCCCAGAGGAGGAAGAGGAGGAGGAGGAAGAGCCCUUUGCUGCCUCUGGGCGACCCUCCUCCUCGCCCCGCCAAGGGGGGCCGGAGCCCUGAAAGUGGAGGACACCCUGGUGGAGCUGGACUUCUUCCAGGAGAGCUUCCCUUCGGAGAAGAAGUCCGGGGAGUUCCUGCUGGAGUUUGACAACGAGGAGAUCCUGCACGUGGACUGGGAGAAGAAGCAGAACGUCUGGAGGCUGCCGGACUUCCAGCGCUUCACCAGCUUUGAGGUGCAGGGCGCCCUGGCCAACAUCGCUGUCAUGAAGAACAACAUGGAGGUGCUGAUGAAGCGAAGCAACCGCACCCGUGCCCUGAACGUUGCUCCUUCGGCCACUGUGUACCCGGAAAAUGCCGUGGAACUGGGGGACCCCAACGUCCUCAUCUGCUUUGUGGACAGGUUCUCCCCCCCAGUGCUGAACGUCACCUGGCUGAAGAACAACGAGGUGGUCUCCGAGGGCGUGGAGGAGACAGACUUCUACCCCAGCGUGGACAACACUUUCCGCAAGUUCUCCUACCUCCCCUUUGUCCCUGAGCAGGGAGACAUCUACGUCUGCCAGGUGGAGCACUGGGGCAUCCCAGAGGGAAAGAUGGAGAAGAUCUGGGUUUCCAAGGCGCCCUCUCCCAUCCCGGAGACGAUGGAGAACGUGCUGUGAGCCCUGGGCUUGGCCUUUGGCAUCCUGGGCAUCAUCGCUGGCACCAUCCUUUUCUUCAAGGCCAUGAGGAUGAACGAUCGCAGGGGCUUCAUAUAAUGGGGGAUUCCUUUCCUGACAGCCUCUUCCUUAAACCCUCUCAGCUCAGCUCCUUUGACAAGAGUCUCUUCUGCUAUGAAUCAGCUGGAAGGAGUUGCUUCCUCCGUGUGCAGCUUAUCCUUAGAAGCUUUUCUGAUAAUAUGUUUAGCUUUUAAGAACAAUUAUGAUAGCCAAAGAUGCUUAGGCAGACUUACAUUACUUUUCUCCCUUUUAUGUUUCCCUCUUAGCAAAGAAAUUGCUCAGACUGUUUAAGUAAAUAAGAAAAGUAUAUGGUUUACUCACAUGAUAUGUCUUGCCAUGGUACAACAUUUACAGCUCCCUCUAUGCAGGUUCUGAAACUCCCUGCUGCCUUUGCUUCUGGCUGUCUAGUAAUUGUGCACUUCAUAGAAUCAUAGAAUUGUAGAGUUGGAAGGGACCCUAAGGGUCAUCUAGUCCAGCCCCCUGCAGUGCAGGAAUCUCAGCUAAAUCAUCUCUGACAGAGGGGCAUCCAGCCUCUGCUUGUGGUUUGGCUGCCGAUCCUCCCACAAACUCCAUGGUUGAGUCAGGAUAGUUUUUUGUGGGGGUUUCCUGCUUUGCCUCGCCUUGAAU